AUGUCUUAUACGACUUCAUCUGAUUCUUCUGCAAUCAAUGUUUCCAGUCCAUAUUACAUUGGAUCUUCUGAUAAUCCCAAUUCCAUUCUUGUUUCCACUGUUUUCAAUGGAAUUGGAUUUCAAUCAUGGAAACGAUCGAUGAUUCUUUCUUUAUCUAACAAAAACAAACUAGGAUUUGUUGAUGGAUCCAUUACGCCUCCUGCAAUCAAUUCUUCUGCAUAUUUGAAUUGGCACAGGGCCAAUUCAAUGGUUAUCAGUUGGAUUCUAAAUUCCUUGACCAAAACAAUCGAUGAUAGCGUCCUUUUUUUACCUACUACCUUUGAGAUCUGGAAUGAGCUUCACCAACGAUUUGAACAAUCAGAUGGAACUCUUCUUUACAACAUUCAACAACAAUUGUUUUCUCUUUCACAAGGUACCGAUGAUUUUUCUACCUACUUCACCAAAUUAACAAAAAAUUUGGGAUGA